AUGAAAAAGUUGAUUGCUUUGGUUCUGUUUCAAAUUAUGGGGAGCGAUAGGAAAUACGAGAAGAAGAAUAGGAAGAGAAGCUCUUCUUCAGCCUCCGAAGAAGAAGAUGAGGGCAGAAGCAAGAGGCAGAAAAGAAGGGUAGAAGACGAGGAGAGGAAACACAGGAGUGGUAAGAAAGACAAGGAAAGCUCUCAUAAGCACUCCAAAAGACGUCUUGCCCGUAAAGAGAAGAAAUCAGAGGAUAAGCAGAAAGAUAAACAUCGCAAGGGUGAUGGACACUUGAAUUACAACUUCCACGAGCUGUCCAAUGAUGACUAUUUCUCAAAGAACAAUGAGUUUGCCACAUGGCUGAAAGAAGAAAAAGAUGUGAUUUUUUUCUGACUUAUCAUCAGAGUCUGCCCGAGAAAUGUUUUCUGACUUUGUCAAGGCUUGGAACAACCAAACACUUGAAUCCCAAUAUUAUGAAGGCAUUGUAAGCGGACCCAGGAGUGCUCAUAAGUGGAAAUUCAAACCAUGAAAGGCUGCAGCUUGUGAUCACUUUUGUUUUGCUUAUGGUUUUGUAUUUAGUGUACUUUUGGUCUAUUUAAUGUUACUUUCGUUCUAAUUAGUGUACUAUCUUUUGGUAUCUUCAAUUCAUAAGAGAAAAUCAAAAUCUCAAACAAUGAACGAUACUUCUUAUUGAAUUAGUAAUAUUGACUAGUAUAUUCAAGUAGUGUCUGACAUAGAAUGGCUGCUUUUCAACAUGGUAGACACUUUAUCAGCUUCCGAAAUGGCGAGAGGAUAAGAUCAAGGCAAGGGAAAUUUUGCAACGUCUAAAUCAUCUUCACCUUCAUAGCACAAGGUGAAAAGGAGAAAUCAACGCAGUGGUUCUUCUAGAGAAAAUCAGUUAUAUAUACUGGAGGAUAGAGGUGCAUCAUGUAUCUGCAAGAAAUCAAAAUUUCAUUUUAAGUGUAAGCAAAGAUUUUCGCUGAAUACAAUCAAAUGCAAUGCUUUUGAUUCUACAUA